UCAGCAGCGGCCGUAAAGCAUCAUGGGAUUGGAAGUGCCCUAAAAGUCCGCAGAUAUUUUCCGACGUAAGAACCGCCAAAUUCGAAAAUGCUGUUGCUUUUUUAGAGCAAGCGUCUUACUUCACCACCUGAAUUAUCUGAGACGCUCUAAAUAGUGACAUGGAGUCGGCGCCAACAAAAGGUGUUUUGAGCCACCUGAGUAUGCUGGAGGCGCAGGUGAGGAGUCGUAAAACACAGCAGAAGAGUCGAGUGAUGGAGCUGAAGGCAAAAGUGGAAGCUCUGAUCAGCCAAAGAGACCAGCUGAAGACACAAAUACAGACACACAAAAAUCUCUACAAACUGAGGCUGUCCAUGGACAAACAGGCUCUGCAUGAAACUGAUGAGGAAAUAGACAAAGGUUCAGAGAACUACCAACUUCUGCAACUGAUGGCCAGAUAUACACAGCUGAAAGACCUUCUCUAUGCCCACCACAUGAUUGGUGGAUAUGAUGUCAUAAAGACUCGUCAAGGAAACGGAGUGUGUGUGUCUCUGGCGACUUCUUACGAAGGUGUCUACUUAGACACAUAUAACCUGGAGAUCAGCUUGAAGCCAAAGCUGAAGAUCACUCGGCAUAACAUUCCACCAUUCAUUCCUUUGACUGACCUCGCUGAGCAGAACAACAUGCAGACAGACAUCAGAGCUUUUCUGGACACGCUUAGCCAGCAUCUCAAUGCCUUUGCCAGUCGAAAGCAACAGCUGAAACUUGUUAAGGAACUCCACAAGUCUGUCCAAGUGAUGGAGAGUAACGUUUUGUGUUCAGUGUUGGUGCUGAUGCUCACUGUGCCAAAAGACAAAACUGCUCUUCUCUGUACGAUUGAAUAUGCUGACCCCAGCAGAUGUCUUCCAACAAAAGUCACCUUUGAUAGUGAAGAAAAUGAGCUGCCAGAAUCUCUAGAGUGGAAGAAAAACUCCAGCCUGCUCAUGGAUACUCCUGUACACAAAGUUUUAACAUCCAUGAGGAACAUGAGACAUAUUCUUUAAUUUUUGGGGAAAUUAAGCAUUUUAUGUGUAUGAAACUGAUGUUUGUUAUAACAUGUUAUUGGAAAAAAUAAUGUACAUAAAUUGACAAUAAAGA